AGCCACCUAGAAGACUGAAAAAAGCCCUAACAAAGUCCCCCGUGUGCUCACCACCAGUAAAGUACCUCUGCAAAAAAGGGAUGACUACCGAGUCCGUCGAAGCCAACCACGGAGCCCCCAGCGAGUUGCUACUAGAGUUCCUCGACAGUGUCAUGUACAGGCGCUUUGACACCGCACUGGUCCUCUGUCGCAAAAUCAUUGAACUCGAACCGGACAACUACCAGGCUCGAGCCUUUUUACCUAUGCUGCAGGAUGCGCACUCGAUGAAAUCGAAGGGCUACUUCAACCCACUGAUGCUCUCUUCCGAUUCAGAGUCCGAGGAAUCUAGUGGGGAUGCUAGGGAGGCUCGAAACGAAAAUAGAGCCGCCUCUUCGUCCUCCUCGUCCUCAGAGGAGUGGGACUACAGCACAACCACCGAGUCGAGUGGGUGUUCAGACAAUGACGAUGGAGAUCUGUAA